GGACGUAGUCAGCGCUAGUGUGCUUUAGACUCUCGGAGGGAGAGGACGUGUCGCGGCCAACGCGCAGUCGCUAAUAGUGAAUUUUCAUCGGAAACAAUUCGUGAAACUGAAUGAAACGAACCCCGAUUAAGUCGCACCACGGGACUUCAUUAGUGCUAGUGAAUUCUGACCAUGUGUGACUAAUGUUUAGUGCAGUGUUUGUGAUAGUGAUGGUUUUACAUAAUGAAGCUGUUAUAGACGCCGUGUCGUAGUCCAUAAUUAAUGACAAUGGAGAGUCGUGUGGGUUUGGACUAUAUCGUGGAGCAUGCGGAAUACGCCAGCAAGCUCGCAGCGGCACUCACUUCACCAACUGCUGCAGUUAAAAAACAAGUAUUCGAGCUCCUGUCGGCCCUUUGCGUAUACAACGCUGAUGGCUACGCAAGGGCAGUGGACACGUUAGAUCGAUACAAGACACUAAAAAACGACAGAUACCGUCUCAGCGUGGUGGUGGAGGAACUGAAGAAUGCUACCACCAUCGACUACAAAACGGCUCUAGUAGCGUUCAUCAACUGCCUCAUUAUAUCCGCUCCACGAUUGCCAGAUAGAAUUCGAGUGAGAAACGAGUUCAUUGGAUUGGGCCUUCUACCGACGCUAAGUAACUUAAGGCACGAAUCAACUAGUCAUCCAGACCUCGGAGUCCAGCUGGAUGUCUUCGAGGAGCAGCGAGAGAGCGACGAGGCGCAGGGGCCUGGAGGGAUUAACCUGAACUCACACCUGGACGUGUUUUACGCUAUCCUGAAACAGGUAUCCGAUACCCCACAAGAGAUCCCCUUCCUCAGCAUCUUGCAGCACCUACUCCGGAUAGACCCUAAGGAGGCUGUCAGCGACAUAGUAUGGGAUACCGCAGAGACGCUAGUGCAUAGAGCUACCCUGCUGGAGACUAGGGAAGAUGCUGCGAAGCUGCUACGAGCUCCUAGUGUUCAGGCCAAAGUCGGAUGUACCUGCCAACACAGGGACCUAUCGGGCAAUGCUCGCAAGCAGAGUCUGCAACGCGCGUUAUCCCCUCCCCCACCACCACCGCCAGCCCCAGUGCCACCACCUGCGGCGCCCCUGCCCCCCGCGCCGCCCGCGCCGCCCCCUGCGCCCCGCGGCCCGCCACCCCCGCCCCCGCUCGCCGCCCCGGCCCCCGGCGCCCCCGGUGCCCCGCCCCGCAGCGGGCCCACGCUAGAGAACAUCAAACUGCCGCAGCAGGAAACACCGCUGCCGAAGACCAAGAUGAAAACGAUUAAUUGGAACAAGAUACCGAAUAGUAAAGUAGUGGGACAAAACAAUAUCUGGUCGAUAGUCGCAUCCAGCCACCAACACUCGCCGAAAGCUGAGCUGGAUUGGAGUGAAAUAGAAAAUCUCUUUUGUCAACAAGUGCAGCCUCCAGGGUCAGCGGGUUCGUCUCCCCGUUUGGGCCGGAGUCCAAUUUGCGACAGUUCGGGUGAGAGAAAACAAAGAAAGGAGCCUUCUGAAAUCACUCUGCUGGAUGGCAAGCGGAGCUUGAACGUUAAUAUAUUCUUAAAGCAAUUCCGGAGUUCGAAUGACGAUAUAAUCCAGCUAAUUCGAGAAGGUGCCCACGACGAUAUCGGCACGGAGAAACUGCGCGGUCUUCUCAAAAUAUUACCAGAAAUCGAUGAAUGUGAAAUGCUGAAAGCAUAUUCCGGUGACGUCGGCAAAUUGGGCAAUGCUGAGAAGUUCCUCUUACAACUUAUACAGCUGCCUAAUUACAAGUUGCGCAUCGAAUGCAUGCUGCUGAAGGAGGAGUGGGCUUCCACGGCAGGCUACUUGGAGAGCGCCAUCAACGCUAUACUCGUGGCUGGGGAUGACCUCAUGUCUUCUAGAGCUAUUCAGGAAGUGCUAUACAUAGCAUUAAUAGCGGGCAACUUCCUGAACGCGGGCGGCUACGCGGGCGGAGCCGCGGGAGUGAAACUAGGCUCGCUGCAGAAACUAGCCGAUAUACGAGCGAACAAACCCGGGAUGAAUCUGAUGCACUAUGUCGCUAUGCAAGCUGAACGUAAAAAUAAAGAACUGGUGCACUUCGCUGACGACAUUCGAGUGCUGGAGGAAGCUGCUAAAGCGAGUGUGGAGCAGCUGCACAACGAGAUCAAAACUCUGGCAGCGAGAAUCAGCACGUUGAAGCGAGACAUACAGUCCACGACGCAGCACGAUAUAAAGGAGCAGAUGGGAGAUUUCUUGCAGGUGGCAGAAAGAGAGAUAUCAGCAUUGAACAAAGACAUGGAGGAAGUGGAAAGCAUGCGGAAGCAGCUCGCCGAGUUCUUCUGCGAAGACCCCGUCUCGUUUAAGCUGGAAGAGUGCUUUAAGACAUUCGCGUCAUUCUGCAGCAAGUUCCGUUCCGCGGUGCAAGACAACGAGCGGCGCCGCGCCAACGAGGAGCAGGCGGCGCAGCGGCGCAGGGCUAGAGACGUCGCCGCUGCCGCUAGAACUAAGACUGGAGGCAGUAUGUGCAGCACACCGGUGUCGGAGUGUGAAUCGCUAAUGGAGACACUGCUGUUGGACAUCAGGAAUGGGCUCGGCCGUCGCUCGCUCAGGAAACAAUCGAGAGACCCCUCUCCAUCACCAGACGUGACCCCCACGGGCAGCUUACGAAGACGCAGCAGGGCGAGUCCAGGGGAAGAUGAGGAAGGUCUACUCGAGUUUCUGCGCCACGCUUCGCCCGCGGCGGCUGACUUGCGCGAGCGAAGCGCUUGGGGUAGCUUGGAUCGCUCCUGGUCGCGGCGCGGCGCGGUACGAGCCAAGCUCGAGAUACCGGAUCGCGAGCGCGCGCCCUCCCCCCGCGCGCCGCCCUCCCCCGCGCCCUCCCCCGCGCCGCCCUCCCUCGCGCCCCCCUCCCCCUCCCCCUCCCCUUCGCCCGCGCCCGCGCCACUUGUCGCUAGCGAUAAACCGAAAGAAUGGCGGCAAAAGAUCGAAUCGUGGUUACGCGCCAACAGCCAGGAGGAGAAACGCGACGCCGAGCUGCGCACGCGCCGCCUCGCGCACCGGCGCUCCUUGGAAAACGACUCCGAGAGCGAGCGGGCCGCGGCGCUGGACCCGCUGCCGGAGAGCCGCGCGGAGUGGCGCCCCGCCGUGCUGCGCGACACCGACGUCGUCAGAGCCAUCGAGGCCGUCGAAGACGUACAACCGCCAGUGAAAGACAGCCGAGUGCCGUGGAGGAAGACUGAAGAAAACGAAGAGAUGAGAAGGCUCAGAAGGCAACGAUCGCGGCCGCAGCUAGAAUCUCCUCAACCGCUAGUCUCCAUCUCUGAAGAAGAGAAACGAAAGUUACCAAACAUCACCGUGACCGGCGCGAAACUCGACAAAAAUGAUAGAAUUGAAAUCGAUUCUGACAAUAUAGAAACGCCGCCCGUCCAAAGAAAGCUAUUCAACCCACCACAAGAGAAGGAACCCUGCAGACGCCUCCAACCACCUAAAAUAACCGAGAAAUCCUCGGAGAUGAAAGAUCUGUGCCAGGAGAUAUUAGGAGACGGACAAUUUGACAGAUUCUCAGCAGCGAGACGAACGAGGCGAUACAAAAGAAGCACAGAGGCGAGCUCCCCUGAAGAGGAGAAGAAGGAAGUUGUUAGCGAACUUGUAGCAGAAACGCAAGUUAUACGCCCUUCGAAGCUAGAAGUACAAACCUCAUAUGCAAUUGAAACUCCCAAAGACGUCGCGAAACCAGUCGAACAAGUUGUUAAAGAUGAAAAGGAAAGUCGGCUGAAACGGUGGCAAGACAGGUUAAAAAACCAAAGCACAGACAAAACGCCGGUUAAAGAGAAGCUACCGUACUCCAGAAUGAGGCGGCAAACUUCGAUCAACCAAGAGGACGUGCAGAAAGCGAUAAGGGAAUUAAAAUCACCAACAGAAACCCCCACCGGCGUAUGGUCGAGGAACGCGUACAGGCGAUCCAUGAACGCGAAGGUCGAAACCAAGAAAGAUGAAAGAACAACGUCUCCACGGAUACCGAAAGUGAAAAGUGAGCACGAACUGAACGACGAAGGUUUUGAAGAAACGCAGAGUCUGAAUUCGGAAAGCGCAUCGCAAGGCGCCUCCUCCGGCUGCAACAUCGAAUGCGAAUCGCCGAUCCCCAAGAAAUUGCCGGAUAUCCCAAAGAAAAUCACAGCCAAAGAUGUCAAAAUUCCACCCCGGACUCCGUUGAACCGCUCGUUUUCGAACCGAGCCAGUUCACUGCGCGUCGAGAGGUCUACAUCGAGAGCAUCCUUGCGAAGCUCUAGGAGUUCUCUAAAUAGUUCCGCUUCAGUGGCCACUGUGAAAAGGGCGCCAGUAGCUCCCAAACCAGUACCGAAACCGAUCCCAAAGCCGCUAUCACGAAUGCCAGCAUCCAGAUCCUCGUCUAGUGGGAGUUCGAUCGCUUCCAGACCCCCCGUAAAGACGCCAAAUAGAACAUCGAAUUUCAUGAGACCGACCCAGGCGUCUAAAAUCCGGGGCUCGACACCACAACCGAACGGUAAAAACGUGAAAUAACACGUUCGACAUGUAAAGACUUAUGGUGUUACACAAAUAUUUUUUCCAAGUUCGUCCUGAACAGAUAAAAAAUAUGUUGAGUUGGACAUCGACCAGCCAUUUUGGCAUUAUUAGUAUUAAUUAAUUAACCAUUAUUAUUGGAGGCUUCAGAUAUGUGGUGCUACGAAUCUCAACGUCCAUCUGAAGGUUUCAAUGACUGAUAUUUUAGGUUAAGUUAACUAAGAUCUGUUUUUAACCGAUCCCGUACGAUUUUAUGUUUUGUAUUAUUAAAUUUAAUCAUGAGGAAACGUCGAUAUCAAUUUUGGAGUUAUUUUCAUAUUUUAAAUGAUAAUUCUAUAUACUUUUAUUGACAAAGACAAUGUAUUCUAUUAAUUGACUCCUUAAUUAAAUGUCGCACUUUCUUCCAUGUGUAAUCCAAAAAAUAUUUUAUAUGAAUUAUUGUGCCACGAUUAUAGUACGGGUAUAGAAUAGAAAAUCCAGUGAAUCGUUUGGAUAAUUUAUCACCAAAAUGUAAUUUUGGAGGGGGAAAAGAAAAAUACGUUUUAUUGAGAGCGAUAUUGGUAUUUUAUUUCCUAGUUUUAAAAUACAAUUUUCAGUAAUAAUAAUUUAACAUAUAAAAAAAGUAGUUCCCUAUGUGGAAGUCCAUUAUAUAAUUUUAAUAUUCAUAAAAAAUAAAUUAAAAUAAAACGUAUUUUUUACAAUAAUCGAUGAUCACUUAACUAAAUUAAAAGUGCCUUCAGCAUAUUAUGCUAAUACACCUCCGUCCACGGAAAUUCAAAUUUUUCUUGAAAUAUUCACAUUUUCAUAUUUUCCAUAAACGCACAGGCACACGAUCUGAUAACUAUAAGUAUAUCUUAAAUUUCGUCACAAAAUCUAAUCUUUGUGAUAAAUUUAUGCAAAUUAUUAAUUUUGACAAAUGCUAGUUAAAUUACAGUCAUGCAUCUCACUCUAACUUGUAUAAAAUAUAGGAAUGAACGAGAUAGCAUGACACUGAAAAUGGUAAAUGAUAUCACACAGGUUAUAAAGGUUCUAAUAAAAUAAAUGUAAGAUUAACACAAAUUUAUUGAAUGUGUUUUAACUUGAUAUAAUAAAGUUUAUAUACGA